GGGUCAUAUCUCAUCUUCCAUCACAACAAGCCCAACUCAUUCUGCAAACACUACUUCCCCAAAUAAAUAAAAAAAUUAGCUUGCGGGAAGUCGCAAUACGAUGGCAUCACAAAUUGAGAGCCACCGUGCCGGCGCAGAGAUCGUCAGUAAUGGAGACGCCAUUUGCAGGAAGAAGUCCAUUGAGGUUCUCGAGGAGCUAGGCCUUCCAAAGGGCCUUCUGCCAAUGGAGGACAUCGAGGAGUUUGGAUACAAUCGUGAAAGCGGGUUCAUGUGGCUGGUGCAGAAGAAGAAGAAGGUGGAGCACACCUUCAAGAAGAUCAAGCAGACGGUGUCAUAUGCCAGUGAGGUGACGGCGUUCACCGAGAAGGGCAAGCUGAAGAAUAUCACCGGCGUCAAGACCAAAGAGCUAUUCUUGUGGCUCAGCGUGGUGGAGGUGUACGUUCCUGAGUCCUCGCCGGAGAAGGUCACCUUCAAGACUGGCACUGGCCUCUCUGAUAGCUUCGAUGCCACUGCCUUCGCACUUGGAGAGUGAUGGGUCACCCGAAUCCCACCUAUCUAGUCAAUGUUGGGGGCAUAAAUAUAUAUCCUAAAGCUACUACACGUAUGUGGCUACAUCUAUUUAUCUUUCGCAUUGUGAACAUGUAUAACAAUAUUAGUAUAUCACCCGAAUCCCACCUAUCUAGUCAAUGUUGGGUGCAUAAAUAUAUAUCCGAUUUUCUUGCUUAAAGU